ACGAGCACGCACUGACGCAGACGUCACUGGUGACGCAGUUACGUAUUCGGAACCUGUGCAAAAUGGCAGCGGGUACAGAGCACGGGCUGAAGAAAAUAGUUUGGCAAAAAAUCAAGGACACUAUUAUCGCAGACUGCAGAAGAUCAGAAGUAUGGAAGAUAAUGAUGCUGGACAAAUUCACCACACGACUCCUGUCGUCCUGCUGCAAAAUGUCCGACCUGAUGUCCGAAGGCAUCACGAUUGUGGAGGAUUUGUUCAAAAGCAGAGAGCCUGUCCUGGAGAUGAAGGCUAUCUACUUCAUGUCUCCUACUGCCGAGUGUGUAGAAGCACUUAUAAAUGACUUCAGUCCCAAACCCAAGUACAAAGCUGCAUACGUCUACUUCACAGACUACUGUCCAGAUGACUUGUUCAACAAGAUAAAAGUAUUUUGCUCGAAGCACAUUAAAGUGUGUAAAGAGAUCAACAUCUCCUUCCUUCCCUUUGAGGGUCAAGUGUUCACCUGUGGUAAGCCUGAGGCCUUCAAACGCAUCUACGACAGUAACAGUCAGGAUCGAGGGCAGACCCUAGAGGCCAUCGCCGAUCAAAUUGUCAGUCUAUGUGCCACCCUGGACGAGUACCCUGGCGUCCGAUACAGGAAAGAUUCAGUAAAGGAUUACGCUAAAUUGCUGGCUGAGCUUGUGGACAAGAAACUAGCGCGGCAUUAUGAGCUGGACGACAGCAACAAGAAGAAGGAAAAGACGCAAGCUCAGUUAAUCAUCGUCGACCGUGGGUUUGAUCCUGUGAGCCCCAUACUGCACGAGCUGACCUACCAGGCCAUGGCUUACGACCUCAUCCCCAUCACUGAUGACACAUACAGGUACAAAGGGAAGGAUGGAGUAGAAAAAGAAGCCUUACUGAACGAAAAUGACGUGCUAUGGAUGAAAUUGCGACACAUGCAUAUCGCUGAGGUCACUGCGCAAAUUCCCAAACUUGUGAAGGAGAUCUCUGCUAACAAGAAGCAGCCUGAUGGGAAGAUUUCGAUAGGAGGAUUGGCCCAGCUCAUGAAGCAGAUGCCCUCCUUCCGUAAGCAGGUUGCUCAGAAAACAGUUCAUCUCACUCUAGCAGAGGAUUGCAUGAACAGGUUCCAGAGCUCGGUGGAGAAGCUGUGUAAAGCGGAGCAGGACCUUGCCAACGGUUCUGAUGUAGAAGGUCAGAAGGUGAAGGACCCCAUGAGGACGCUGCUGCCCAUCCUGCUGCACCCCCACAGCACCCACGAUAAGAUCCGUGCCGUGCUGCUCUACAUCUUCAGUCUCAACGUAGGGACGACAGAGGAGAACCUGAAUAAGUUAAUUCAGCACGUGAAGAUCGAGGAUAAGCCAGAGUACAUCACCAACUGGAAAGAGUUAGGGGUGACUAUCAUCAGUUCGUCGGGUCUAUUCUCUUUCCGGAAGGCAUCUAGAAGAGAUCGCUCUCAGGAAGAGACAUAUAACCUCUCAAGAUGGACACCAGUUAUCAAGGAUGUGAUGGAGGAUGUGGUGGAGAAUAAGUUGGACACGAGAGAUUGGCCGCACCAGUCCGAGUGUCCCUCGGCGUGGAACGGAUCCCGAGCUGUGAGUGCAAGGCAGAAACAUAAGCCGAGCUCCCCGGAUGACCACAGGAGUGGCUCCCGCCUCAUCAUCUUCAUCCUGGGCGGAGUCAGCUACUCAGAGAUGCGCUGUGCCUAUGAGGUCACCAAAGCCACCAAGUCCUGUGAGGUCAUUAUCGGUUCCACUCACAUCCUGACUCCCACCAGCCUGCUGGAGGACAUUCGCAAUCUGAGCAAAAAACCCAUGGAGAAUCUCACAAUAGUGGAUGAGAAAGCCAGCUGCUGAACUUUGGAUUGUUGGAAACCAUCAUGCACCCCCGCCUCAUCCUUCUCCUGCCUUAUUUCCCCCAUGCCUUUUUUCUAAACACUCAGCAGCUCUGUUACAGGAUUAAAGGGAAUGCGUAUGUGAUCAGUUUUAAGGGCCUUCUCCACUUCUGUUACAGGCUACAAACGUGGGGCAGGUAAUCUCAAGUUAAGAGACUACCUGCCUCAAGUGUGUGAGGCUCUAAUAGAAGAAAUGGUUGGACUGGAGGGGGAUCCAUGAGUAUUGGAGUAUUCUUCAUAUAUCUUGAGCGAAAUGUGUAUGCCUCAGAGACAGAUUAGGAUUUAUGAGAAAUGUCUGGCCUCUGAUUGGCUUAACAUUGUUCAGGUUGUGUGAAGAUUCCAUCCGUUAAAGGAUGCUUUAGUGUCCAAGCCAAUGUACACCAUUUUUCUCUGACCAUGGCUUCCUAUGAAGAUAAUGUGACAAAAUAGAUCAUGUAGUUGUGUCUCACCCAAACUUUUUGUGUAAUAACGUGCAAAUCUUUACAUGCACCAAAUAUUCUCUUUUGUAAAAUAGGAGAAAGAGAUUAUACUUCCAUUGUAAUUCUAAAUUUAAAGUGGAAGUCCAUUAUCAUUUCAUUAUAUCAAUCCAGAUAUAACUGGGUCAGGAGGUGUUGAUUAGUUUGAAAUAACAGCAGUGCUGACCACACUAGCUGCAAGUGCACUCACUUCAACAGUAACAGUUAACGUUUAUGGAAGGAGUCUCCAGUAUCAGUGCCUUGUAACAGCAGUAAGAUAUAAGACUCGUAAGAUGUGGUUGUAAGAGGAAUAAAACAUCUCCAGACAUGCUGCUGUAGGAAAAUUCUUUAAACUAAGGUGUUGUCCAAUAUGGCGCCUCUAGAGCAUCACAGAAUUCAUGUUCAGAACUUCCAAGAACUUCUUAGCUACAGUAGCUUCACAGCAAAUAGACUCCAGACACAUCGCGUGAUAUGGUGUACAUUUGAGUUUUCGCUUCAGUAACCCUUUAAGACACGUUAGUGUCAUGAUGAAGCUGAUCAUUCCCGCAUUUAGUAGACAAUUUGCUCAUAAUGGCGAACUCUGUGCUUAUUAACCCCUGUUGUACGUUACACUAAAUAGCGGUUAGAGUUUAUAUUGCUGCGUUUCUGUCGUUUGUUCUGGAAUAAUCUCUGUACUGUUGUUCAUGUGACUCUACUUCACUGUGCGCUCGUUUGGAUGGAAAACCAGCGCUGGUAAAUCCCGGCCCUGUGUGAAUGGAGUCCAGCUUUAAUAUAUUCCUAGUAUGUAGUGACCUCUAGUGCGUUUAUAUUUGUUUCUGUGUUGUUCAAAGAUAUUAAUGAUUAUUUCGCACCGAGUAAAGGUCGCACCGUGGUGCCUGCUUUAGCGCCUCAGAGAACAGAGCUGCAGUUCUGUCCUUUUUUCAGUCUGAUCACUAAAUUAUCCUCUUGUAAAAAUCUGUAAUUAGAAACUUAAGUACAAAGAGCCUGGGUAUUUAGUGAUUAGAAUGAAAAACAUAAAUAGCACACAGGAUUAGCUCCUAAUAUAGUCAAUCAGUCGAGAUACUUAGUUAUGAUUAAUAAUUAGAGAGAAUUUUACUUUGACUAACCGUUAUUAUUGGUAAUAAUAGUUAAAAGCUACUUGGGCAGCAAACUAGGCUAGUCAGCUGAUUCUAGCUCAAACCAGGUGCCUUUUUAAUGGAAAGGCAUAAACAGAAGCUGCCUCGUAUUUCUGCAUUAUGUAAUGAUUUGGAUAUGGUAGCUCUUAUAUUUAUUAGUGACAUUAGCCUUGAAGUAUCGGCUGAUUGACUACAUUUAGAGAAGACUCUUCCAUUUUCUGAACUUUGGACCAGAUUCGGUAUUAAUGUUCUCCGUGUCUUAACAAAAUUAUUUACUUAUUAAGGGCGAGUUCGUAUCUUCAUAUCUCAGUCAGCUCUGGAUUUUCACUUGUGUGCCUUGUUUGAAUUGCGUGUACAGUUAUAUAUAUGUUAUAUAUAUAUAUGUAUAUAUAUAUAUAUAUAUAUAAUAUGCCUGCUAUGAAUAACUAGAUUUGUGUGUUCUGCUUUGUUGCAGCUCUACAAAAUAACAUUUAAUUACAUGUAAUGUAAUUAUUAACACCACUUUCCAUCGAACAACUGACAAUUAAAUGUAUGACGUAGUUCAACUACCACGUGCUGUGUGCAGUGUGUGGUGUUCUACGGUGUCGUUUCUAUAGUAACAGCUCGCACAGUUACUUCACAUAAACCUAAUAAAGAGAUUUUUGAUAUACGUUCAACAAAGAAAAAUGUGUGUAAUGGAGACAUUUAUUUAGCUUUUUUCCCCCCCUAUAGCUGCUACAUUGUAAGUGAAGAUCAUGCUUAACUGCUUUAAAUGUCUCGCUUUACACCCCAAUCAUUCAGGAUUCUCUGUUGCACCACGAACCCUUAAGUAGAUGCUAUAAUUUACUUGUUUUCAGCAAUGUCUGUCUCAAUCUGGCCAUUUUUGUCCAGCUUUCAACAAACUCAUAAUAAAAGUAUUUAAAAAGUC